AGGGGCGGAUGCGCUUUCCAUCCUGCAUCUCUGCGGCUCCAGGUGCAGAGUCCCGCCCCCGUUUCUGCAAUGUGACGCGAGGCUCACUCAACGCGUCGGGGAAAGGGUUGGAAGGCGGCUUCGGUAGUCAUCCAGUCCGAGGUGCGCAUGCGCGGCGCUGCAGCGAUGUUUCCGCUUUGAGUGGAAAAGGGGAGGUAGAGAGAAGGAUUUGGAGACGCAGCAGGACGCCGAGUCUGGAAAGAUUAAAGGGACACCCCGCAAACGCUCACGCGAAAAAACUUCCAACGUUCACAGUCCAACCAUGGAGGAUAUGGUGACAGGCAGUUAAAAUGUGAGCUGUAAAGAGACGUUCUGCAAAAACGAGCGAGAGCGGUUAUUUCCCCUCAUCGUUCACGGGUGAUCUCGGGCGCACCGUCCCCUCCGUGUCGCGCGCACCGGGGGAAAAUGAAGAAGUUUAAUAUCCGUAAGGUGCUGGACGGUUUGACGGCCGUGUCGUCUCCCACUCCAUCCCCUCAGCCCGGGGCCAGGGAGAACGAUCUUAUCCCGGAGACGAUCCAGUCUGAACACUUUCAGCUCUGUAAGACCGUACGCCAUGGCUUCCCCUACCAGCCUUCCUCUAUGGCAUUCGACCCCGUCCAGAAGAUUUUGGCCAUUGGGACUCAGAGCGGAGCUUUACGAUUAUUCGGCCGACCCGGUGUGGAGUGUUACUGUCAGCAUGAGAGCGGAGCAGCCGUCAUCCAGCUACAGUUUCUCAUAAAUGAGGGGGCGCUGGUGAGUGCUUUGGCCGAUGAUAGUAUUCACCUAUGGAACCUGCGACAGAAGAGACCAGCUGUACUGCACUCACUCAAGUUCAACAAGGAGAGGAUAACAUUCUGUCAUCUGCCCUUCCAAAGUAAAUGGCUGUAUAUCGGCUCAGAACGAGGAAACAUCCACAUUGUGAAUGUGGAGUCAUUUACCCUCUCAGGAUAUACUAUCAUGUGGAACAAAGCCAUUGAACUGUCCUCCAAGGCCCACCCUGGCCCAGUGGUUCACAUUAGUGACAAUCCUAUGGAUGAGAGCAAGCUCAUAAUAGGAUUUGAGUCUGGGAUCGUAGUGCUGUGGGAUUUGAAAUCAAAAAGAGCCGAGUCCCGCUACACUUACGAUGAGGCGAUCCAUUCUGUGGCCUGGCAUCACGAAGGAAAGCAGUUUAUCUGUAGUCACUCAGACGGCACGCUGACCAUAUGGAAUAUAAAGUCUCCGGCCAAGCCUGCACAGACAAUCACGCCACACGGAAAGCAGCCUAAAGAUGGAAAAAAGCCAGAACCUUGCAAACCCAUUCUUAAAGUAGAGUAUAAGACCACAAGAGCAGGGGAUCCAUUUAUGAUAUUCUCUGGUGGUUUGUCAUACGACACCGUCGGUCGACGGCCGUGUUUGACCGUAAUGCACGGGAAGAGCACGGCAGUACUGGAGAUGGACUAUCCCAUUGUAGAUUUUCUCACCUUGUGUGAAACGCCAUAUCCUAGCGAUUUUCAGGAACCGUACGCUGUUGUGGUUCUUCUGGAGAAGGAUUUAGUUGUUAUUGACCUCGCACAAAACGGUUAUCCUAUCUUUGAAAACCCAUAUCCCAUGACGAUUCAUGAGUCCCCCGUGACGUGCUGUGAGUACUUAGCCGAUUGUCCUGUGGACCUCAUACCUGCACUUUAUUCUGUUGGGUCUCGCCAGAAACGACAGGGCUACAGCAAAAAGGAAUGGCCUAUCUGUGGAGGAAACUGGGGCCUGGGCACACAAAGCUACCCUGAAAUAAUAAUAACUGGGCAUGCAGAUGGUUCAGUGAAGUUUUGGGAUGCCUCAGCAAUAAUGCUCCAGGUGCUGUAUAAACUGAAGACAGCCAAAGUGUUUGAGAAGGUGCGAUGCAAAGAGGACAAACAUAGCACAGAGAUCGUGGAUGAGGACCCGUUCGCCAUUCAGUUGAUGUCUUGGUGUCCCGAGAGUCGUAUGCUUUGUGUUGCUGGUGUCUCGGCUCACAUUAUUAUAUACAGAUUCAGCAGACAGGAAAUCACCACAGAGGUUGUGCAGUUACUAGAGGUUAGAUUACAGUACGAGUUAAAUGAUCUGGAGUCCCCAGACAUGGGCGGAGAUCAGACACCAGCUCAUCAGACUCCAAGCACCUCCCCCAGUCCACAAAACGCCACCCCUCAGACACACCCUUCAACUAGCAGCAAUUCGUCGGAUGGGAUGAGAGACAACAUCCCCUGUCUCAAGGUACGCAGCAGUCCUCUGAAACAGUCUCCUGGAUAUCAGGUGGAGCUGGUGGUACAGCUGGUGUGGGUCAGUGGAGAGCCGCCCCAGCAGAUCAGCAGCCUGGCCAUCAACUCCAGCUACGGCUUGGUGGUGUUUGGUAAUAGUAAUGGUAUGGCAGUAGUGGAUUACUUGCAGAAGACGGUUCUGUUAAAUAUGGGAAUUAUGGAGUUGUAUGGCUCUAGUGACCCCUACCAGAGACAACCACGAUCUCCUCGCAAGAGCCGGCAACCUUCAGGAGGGCUGUGUGACAUAAAUGAAGGCUCGGCCACUUCAGAAGACCGCUGUAAAUCCCCCACCUCAGUCUUGAUGUCAAACCAUCAGCAGUUCUACAAUGGAGGAGGGAGAGGAGCAAAGAUGUCACGGAAAUUAAGCUUGCCUACUGAGCUAAAGCCAGACUUGGUCCUACUCUCUGUAUGUCCCCCGCGGACUGCCGUACCCAUAGACAACAAGGACAACUCCUUCAGCCGCUCGCGGAGCUCCAGCGUUACCAGCAUCGACAAAGAAUCACGAGAGGCCAUCACCUGCUUUUAUUUCUGCGAGACAUACACGCGCAAAUCAGACGGCGGCCUUACGCCUAGUUUGUGGGUUGGCACCUCCUUGGGCACGCUGUUGGCCAUCUCUCUCAACAUGCCCCCUGCUGGAGAACAAAGACUUCUGCAGCCAGUCAUCGUCUUCCCUAGCGGCACUUUUAUCAGGUUGAAAGGUGGCAUCCUUCGGAUGGCCUUCCUGGAUUCUACAGGGUCUCUCCUCCCUCCUGCUUUGGAGUCGUGGUACGAAACCAACGCCCCUGCCAACGGAGAAGAAAGGGACAAGGUUCGUAAGAGACGGCCAGUGUCUGUCUCCCCAUCCGCAUCCCAGGAGCUGAACGAAAACCAGUAUGCUGUGGUGUGCUCUGAGAAACAGGCCAAAGUGAUCACCCUACCCUCUCAGAACUGCGCAUUUAAACACAACAUCACAGAAACGUCCUUCGUUCUGCGGGCAGAUGUGGUACAGAUAAACGCUGGCAUUUGUCUAGCCUGCUUUUGUGCCAAUGGACACAUCAUGACCCUCAGUCUGCCAGGGUUGAGACCGCUGCUGGAUGUAAAUUACUUGCCACUGACAGAUAUGCGGAUAGCGAGAACAUUCUGCUUCACCAACCUCGGCCAGGCCUUGUACUUGACCUCACCUACUGAGAUUCAGAGGAUCACUUACUGUCAGGAGGUCUGCGAGAACCUACAGGAGAUGCUAGGGGAGCUGUUCACUCCGGUGGAGACGCCUGAAGCUCCUAACAGGGGAUUUUUUAAGGGUCUCUUUGGAGGAGGAGCACAGUCUCUAGACAGAGAGGAACUAUUCGGAGAAACAGGGGCCGGAAAACCAUCGCGCAGUCUCGCUCAGCACAUUCCAGGUCCUGGGGGUAUAGAAGGCAUGAAGGGGGCAGCGUCUGGCAUCGUAGGUGACCUGGCUCGAGCUCGGAUAGCACUGGAUGAGAGAGGACAGAAACUGAGCGAUGUGGAAGAGCGAACAGCAGCCAUGAUGGCCAGCGCUGACUCAUUCUCCAAACACGCACAUGAGAUGAUGCUGAAGUGUAAGGAUAAGAAAUGGUACCAAUUCUGAUCUCCAGAUAACCGCAGAGCCCAGCAGGACUCAGGAGUUCCUUUACACAGCCUUGUUCAUCUCUUAACUGUGUCCCAUUCCCUCUCUUCAACUUUCCUCUGCUGGACCAGUGGGAUCCUUCGCUCUUUCAUAGCACAAUAUUAAAUACGGUCUGCUCACAGAACUGAGGCACAGACUGAGAGAGACCCCAGUUUGAGGAAUAUCAUACCAUGACUGUGUCUACUCUUCUGUUUUCAUUUGUUCGUUUAAUAUUGCCAAUCCUCUCUCAUGGAGGCUUCGCAGGCCAUGAAAGUCCAUUUCUUCUCUCAGUCUUUGAAUUGUUUUUGUGCUGUUGUUGGAGAGCAGUACUUAGACAAAAAAGACAAAUAAACUAAACAAACAAAAAAUACAACAACUAAAAAAACAAAUACCUUAAAAAAAUUAAAAAGUGGAAACACGCAUAAUUCUAUAUAAAUCUCCAUUAAAGUCUGUUUAAUUGCCAUAUUUGCUAUGGACUGUCAAAAGGAAAACCUAAAUAUGAAGACGCUGGGUGAAGAAUGGAAAGAAAUGAUGUCGUAACAUAGAAAAACUUUUCGGAAGAAGAGACAUCAUCCCUUCUCCUAAAAUGUACUCAAUAUAUUUGUGUAAAAUCACGUUUUCUUAAAUGAUCUCAGUUAAUUUCAUUCCUAUUUAAAUAUUUUAUUUAUUUAUUUAUUUAUUAGCAAAGUACUAGAUCUUAAAAUAAUUCAAAUGCUUUUUGGGUGAUAUUUUUAAUUAUUGUGAAUACAAUAAUGCUUUACAUUAAAGUACCAUCUACAGAUGGUUAUAUAUGCCUGAAAGAUAAGCCAGAGGUAGAAACGAGGCCUCUACAUGGAAAAUAAAUGGAAUUAAUUGUAAAUUAACUAUUUAGAAACCAAGCAUGGGGAUUUAUUCAUGGUAUUUUCAUGUGAUACAUUAUACAGAUGUGUCAACGUUCUAUGAAACUCAGCAUAGAAAAUAUCUGGUCUCGGCAGAGUUGUAAAGGGUUUGCUCACCCAAAAUUACAUUUUUUUUGUCAUUAUUUACUCACCCUUGUUUCAUUCAAACCCCCGUUGUUUCUUCAUUAUUCGAAACCAAAAACGAUUGUUUUUUUGUGCUUACAAGCCAAGGAAGUGGUUUGUGACUACCUCGUCUCAAGCUGCAAAAUAAAUUAAUCGCAAGAAAUUUAAUUUUAAAUUGUGUGUAUCAACCAGAACAUACAGUAUCAGCAAUAUCCACACGAAACUACAGAAUGGCGCAGAAAAUAAAGGUGCUUCACAAUGCCAUUCAAGAACCAUUUCUAGCUAAUGGUUCCAUAAAGAACCUUUAACAUCCGAAUAAUUUUUCUGUCUAAAAAAUAGAAAUGGAUAUUUGAAGAACCCUUGACUAAAUAGCAUUGCUGUGAAACUUUUUAAGCACCUUUAUUUUUAAGAGUGAAAUCCAUUGGCCAAGACUGUUUGUGUUCAUUUUAAAGAAUAAAGAGAACCAUUGAGGGUUUGGAUGAGCAAAUAUUGACUAAAUGUUCAUUUUUGGGUGAACUAACCAUUAAAAAACGUAUCUAUAUCAGUCAUUGAAUGGAGACAGCCAUAUAGAUUUCAAUAGCUUGAACAUUUGUUGUUAUUUUAAGACUGAAAAUAAAGUAUUGCCUCUGGGAUUUGAUUUUGGCCAUUAGACAAGUUUUCUAUUUAUCCAUACUGUAUAGACUAAACAUCAUCAACAUAGAAACUAGUUUACCAUGUAGAGAGUGUGCUUCAGUAAAUAUUUGGCUGGGUUUGUUUAAUAGUCCACAUUUCAUUUUUCUAAUUAUAAAAGCACUUAAUAUUUGGAAAUGGCUCUGUCAUACCUGAUUUCCUCAAAAUCACUUCACCGCACAAAUCUGUUAAAGGUGCAGUGUGUACAUUUGUGCGCCAUCUAGUGGUGAGGUUGCGCAUCGCAACCAACGGCUCAGUCCACUGCUCACCCCUCGCUUUUGAAACACAUAGAGAAGCUACAUUAGCCGCCACCGGACAAACAUGUCAUCGUCGGAGACGACUUGGUGAAAACAAAAUUGUCCGUUAAGGGCUUCUGUAGAAACAUGGUGGCACAAAAUGGUGACUUCCAUGUAAGGGGACCCUCUGUGUAUGUAGAUAAAAAAUUUAAUUCUAAGGUAAUAAAAACAUAACGGUUCAUUAUGAAAGGUCUUUAUACAUCCCUGAUCAUAUAGUUUUGUAUAAUAUUUUGCAUUUAGGUCAAGAGAUCCUUCUAAAAAUUACACACUGCACCUUUAAAAUCGGACGUAUCUGUGGUGACUAGAGCAAGAAACAGGGCAUAAGGUUUUCACUGACUUUGGAACAUCAAGCUAUAAUAUUAUCAUCGGUCUUACAGUGAUGUUUCAUGGGUAAUACAGUUAAUAAGUUUGGCUGUUUGUCUCUCAUGCUAUAGAUUAAUAUAUAUAUCUAUAUAUAUAUAUAUAUAUGCCAUAUCAUUUCAGCACAAUGACAUCAACAUACUGUCUACAUCUGUGAAAGCACCUUUGUUCAUUGUAGGUGCUAGCUAUACAUUCAGCACCUGAAUUAAAAAACUAAGGCAAAUCACAGUGUACGAUAAUGUCCUUUCUCCCUUGAAACCACACUUUAGUGCCAUUAUAUAAUUAUUAUUUGUGGUUUGCAAGAAAUGCUGCUAUAUAUGUUGCAUUGACUCACGUGACCCAUUUUCAUUUUAGGAAUUAAUAUUGAUGUAUGACCAUUGAUUCUCACUUGCCUCUCUGCCCAAAGUUAUUGCCAUUCUGUGAAUGAAGUAGUUUGACAAUCUGGGACCAUAAAUCGAGAGUGGAAGUUGCCAUACUGACCCUAUAAGACAGUUGCCAUAUCUUUUCAAACGCCAAAGAUUUUCUUUCAUUGAGUUGCGUAUUCCACUGACUGUGAAAGCUAUACGUGUCUAAAGUACCACUGCAUAUUCCACCAGUAAAAGUGUUGAGGACUGUCCUAAUGUUUUUGGCUGUGUGCUACCAUUCAAAGUGGAGUCUGCCUUUUGUGUGUUUCGUAUGCCGUAUUUCAACAAAAAUGUGGGGGGAAAAGAAUUACAAGCAAAUUAAGCCAAUCUCUCUCAGACUAUAAAUGUUUCUCUGUGUUGGACUCUGUGUAGAUGUGUUUUCAUGCCAUGGUGUAAUAGUAAUUCUGAAUACCGGGUUUGUUUUUGAAUAUCCCGCUCAUGUCAUUUCUCCUUAUUAAGUAAUUCAAUUAUAUUUGUAAAAUGUGUAUUUUUCUCUGCAGUACUGUAUUUCCCUGAAUAGAUAUCCUUGUCAUAUUUUUAAUCAUCAAUUAUUAAAAAAUUAUUUUUAUAUAUGCUUUGGGUAGGAAGUAUUCUGAGCUCAUUCAAACUGAUUAUACAGUACGUGUGCUGUGUUACUUGUUGCCAUAUCUUUGUUUUCUGUCGUGUGGUCUGUUCGUUCUUGCCAUAAUUGACAGGGCGAUUUUUGACUUUAAAUCGAAUGAGUGUGCAUCCCUUUGAAACUUUGCAUACAAGACCAGCGAGUUCAGUAUCAAGACAUGAGAAUGUGUCGGGUUUUAACACAACCAGGGUGAGGGCUGUCAGAGAAUCACUAUGAUUAAUAAUGAGAAAUGAUGUUUGCCGUUGCUUGAAAAUGUCUUGCAUUUUUACAUGCACUUAAUUUGUGAGUAAUAAAACAUUUUAAGCUUUCAAGUGAUUGAUAUUUACGUUUCAAAACCAAAAACUUUUAGUUAAAAUUAUUAUUAAAAUAAAUGGUUAGGGAAAGGGAAACUGAUGUUUUGGGAUGCUAUUUUGUCAUUGUCAAACAAACAAGUAUUCAGUCAUGUUGAACUGUAGUGCUGUACAGUAAAUGUCAGUAAUAAGUUCAAUGUUCAUAAAGACUCAGAAUCCCUCAAUAGAACCGAAUAAUCUCUCCUUUAGUUUAUUUAUGUUUCCUAAAGGAUUCGGAUUCACUUUUGAUGUGAACCUGGUUGUUUGCCCUUCAUAAUCCUUCAUGAGUAUAGAGAGAGAGAAAACAAGAUAUUUUCCUGUUGCUUUCUUGGCUUUAUUUAAUUAAUUCAAUUCGUAAUGGUUCAUGUUGACUUUCAGUGAAUUGUUUGUCCCAGACAGAACAUUCUUACCUGAAAUAUAACACUUUUAACAUGCAGAAGAGCCUCGUUCAUUUACUGUCCUGAAUAUAACGGUUAUCAGUGGGUUGCAGUAUUUUCUCAUUGUAGCCAAUUUCUUGUACAGUUUUAUGCAAAUUUCACAUGGAUGUUUAUGACUAUCUGCUGCCACAAACGGUUUAGAAUUUCUGUAGAUAGAAAUUACUGUGCAAUGGAAAAUAAAAACUAUUUAAAAAUC